AUGCCUGAGAACCUGUCGCAGCACUUCGAGACCCUCCAGCUGCAUGCUGGCCAGGAGCCCGAUCCGGCCACCAACUCGCGCGCUGUGCCCAUUUAUGCCACCACGAGCUACGUCUUCAAUGACUCGGCCCACGGUGCGCGGCUGUUCGGCCUGAAGGAGUUCGGCAACAUCUACAGCCGUAUCAUGAACCCGACUGUCGAUGUCUUCGAGAAGCGCAUUGCUGCUCUUGAGGGCGGUGUCGCGGCCGUGGCUGCCUCUUCCGGCCAGGCUGCCCAGUUCCUGGCCAUUGCCGCUCUGGCGCAUUCCGGCGACAACAUUGUCUCCACCUCCAACCUAUACGGCGGCACAUACAACCAGUUCAAGGUCGCCUUCGGGCGCCUGGGCAUCCAGACCAAGUUCGUGACGGGAGACAGCCCCGAGGACUUGGCCGCCGCCAUUGAUGACAAGACCAAGGCCGUGUACAUUGAGAGCAUCGGCAACCCCCGCUACAACGUGCCCGAUUUUGAGAAGAUUGCCGAGCUGGCCCACGCCAAGGGCGUCCCCGUCGUUGUCGACAACACCUUUGGCGCCGGCGGCUACUUUGUGCGCCCCAUUGACCACGGUGCCGACAUUGUCUUGCACUCGGCCACCAAGUGGAUCGGCGGCCACGGCACCACCAUUGGCGGAAUUGUCGUUGACAGCGGCAAGUUUGACUGGGGCAAGCACGGCGAUCGCUUCCCCCAGUUCGUCGAGCCUUCGGAGGGCUACCACGGCCUCAAGUUCUGGGAGACGUUUGGCCCCAUCUCGUUUGCUAUUCGUGUCCGCGUUGAGCUGCUGCGCGACUUCGGCCCGGCCCUGAACCCCUUUGCUGCCCAGCAGCUGAUCCUCGGUAUCGAGACCCUGAGCCUGCGCGCCGAGCGCCACGCCUACAACGCCCAGAAGCUGGCCGAGCACCUUGAGAAGAGCCCCUACGUCAGCUGGGUCUCGUACCCUGGCCUGGCGAGCCACCCGUCGCAUGCGCUGGCCACGAAGUACCUGAAGCGCGGUAACGGUGGUGUGCUGAGCUUCGGUGUCAAGGCUUCGGCUGCCAAGGACGGCAGUGCCGUUGUCGACAACCUGAAGCUGGUGUCCAACCUGGCCAACGUCGGCGACUCCAAGACCCUGGCCAUCCACCCUUGGACCACCACGCACGAGCAGCUGUCGGAGAAGGAGCGCGUCGCCUCGGGCGUCACUGAGGACCUGAUCCGCAUCUCGGUCGGUACCGAGCACAUUGACGACAUUAUUGCCGACUUUGAGCAGGCCUUCAAGAAGGCGUCUGGCGCCCCUGCUGAGGCGUCAGCAUAA